AUGGCGGGCGCGGGGGACGCGGGGCGGGCGCGGGCCGCCGUGGCGCGGCUCUCGGACGCCGUGGGCGAGCGGCGGCGGCGGCUGGGCACGGCGAUGCAGGACGCGCGGCGGCAGCGGCGGCUGCUGCUGGUCAUCGUGUGCGUGGCGCUGCUGCUGGACAACAUGCUCUACAUGGUCAUCGUGCCCAUCAUCCCCAACUACAUCGCGGUGAUGCGCGGCGGGGGGGGCGCCGCGCCCGCCGCCGCCGCGAGGGGCAACGAGAGCGGCGGCGGCAACCGGAGCCGCCUCUUCGCGCGGUACCCGGCGGCGGCGGCGGCGGCGGGCAACGAGGACGUGCAGAUCGGGGUGCUCUUCGCCUCCAAGGCCAUCCUGCAGCUGCUGGUGAACCCUCUCAGCGGCACCUUCAUCGACCGCGUGGGCUACGACGUGCCGCUGCUCAUCGGCCUGGCCGUCAUGUUCCUCUCCACGGCCACCUUCGCCUUCGCGGAGAACUACGCGACGCUGUUCGCGGCGCGCAGCCUGCAGGGGCUGGGCUCGGCCUUCGCCGACACGGCGGGCAUCGCCAUGAUCGCCGACCGCUACGCCGAGGAGCCGGCGCGCAGCCGCGCCCUGGGCACGGCGCUGGCCUUCAUCUCCUUCGGCAGCCUGGCGGCGCCGCCCUUCGGCGGCGUCCUCUACGAGUUCGCCGGCAAGCGGGUGCCCUUCCUGGUGCUGGCCUGCGUCUGCCUCCUCGACGGGCUGCUGCUGCUCGUCCUGGUGCCGCCCUGCGCCGGCGGGGCGCGGGCCAACAUGCCCGUCGGCACCCCCAUCCACCGCCUCAUGGCCGACCCCUACAUCGCCGUGGUGGCCGGCGCCCUCACCACCUGCAACAUCCCCCUCGCCUUCCUGGAGCCCACCAUUGCCAACUGGAUGAAGGAGUCCAUGGGGGCCACGGAGUGGGAGAUGGGCCUCACCUGGCUGCCCGCCUUCUUCCCCCACGUGCUGGGUGUCUACGUCACCGUCCGGCUGGCUGCCAAGUACCCCCACCUCCAGUGGUUUUACGGGGCCCUCGGCAUGGCCAUCAUUGGCGCUAGCUCCUGUGUGGUGCCAGCCUGUAGGAAUUUCGGGCAGGUCGUUAUCCCCCUUUGUGGCAUCUGCUUCGGGAUCGCCCUGGUGGACACAGCCCUGCUGCCCACCCUGGCCUUCCUGGUGGAUGUACGCCACGUAUCUGUCUAUGGCAGCAUCUACGCCAUCGCAGACAUCUCCUACUCCGUGGCAUAUGCCCUGGGGCCCAUCGUGGCUGGCCAGAUCGUGCACACCAUGGGCUUUGUGCAGCUUAACCUAGGAAUGGGUCUCGCCAAUGUGCUUUAUGCCCCUGUUCUCCUCUUCCUCAAAAAUGUCUGCCAGAUGAAGCCCUCCCACUCGGAGAGGAACAUCCUCCUGGAAGAAGCACCUAAAGGACUCUAUGACACCAUUAAAAUGGAGGAGUGCAAAGGCAAGGGCAAAGGCCUCCAUGCGGCAGGUGAAACAGAGGAGAACAAUGUGGACUCUUACCACAGAGACCUGACAGGGGCGUCUGAGGAGGACUGUUCAGAUUAUGAAUACAGUUAGGUUACUCCGAGCUGUCCACCUCCCGGUAACAAGAAGUGGCAUGUGGAAGGGAGGAAAAAGGGGAUGAAAGUGUUAUUGCCAUACAUUUAUGUACCAAUGUGCAAUAUAUACAUUUUAACCUUUGUCAUGAUAUAAUGGCUUUCUCCUAGACUUAUUUUUAAUCUGUAUUUCCUUCAGCAUUCUGGCAAGGUGGGUGGGGGCAGGGAUUCAAUCCCAAAGAAGAUUAUCUGAGUGAUCAUUGGCAUAAAUCUGUGGUGGUCCUUCCAAAAAAACAAAACCAAAACCCAACCUCAUAGCUGAGAUCUAAUUGUGCAAAGUUUUCUUGAGCUCAAACUGUGUGAGACAUACUGUAUAUCUCUGUAAAAAUAUAAGAAAAGCAAAAAAGUCUGUGUAAUAAAUUUCAAACAGCAUAUUCAAGGACUUAAUAAAUCUUGUGUACAUAUACUUAGAUUUCAGUUGUUUUCAUGUAUUUAAGAAGAGCAACAACUAUCACAACGUGUUAUUCUUCUCUGGGAAUAAACUGAAGCAUUGUACUCAU